UCGACUCGGCUGGUUCGGGUAGUCGGCUGAUCGGGAGCCGGGAGGCCUCGAGCGCAUGACGGGAAGGCAGCAGCGCCGACAGAAACAGUUCCGAGGAGCAGCAGCAGCAGCGCAGGCGAUUGGGGCCUGUUUCCCUGCAACAUCGGUAGCUAAUGGCAAUGUGCAUCUGGUCCCCGCUCAAUGUAAGGACAAAAAUUCAACAUCUGUAAAUAGACCUGACACGUGGGUGAGACUUCCUCAAACACCUCUCCCGAGUUGUUUGCAACCCAGGCAGAAGAAAUGAAUCUUGAAAAUAAUGGGGUGCUAUCCAAAUCCAUAUUUGCCUGGGAUUAUGUUCUGUGGGAAGUCCGCUUGAAACUGGUGGCAGCUGGAUUUUUUCUCUACUUGGGAGUAUUUUAUCUCUCACACUACCUUUCUUCACGGAUAAGCAGUACUUACCGUUCACUGCCAGCAAAGGAAAAAGUCUUCUGGAAUCUCGCUGCUACACGAGGUAUAUUUGGCAUUCAGAGUUGCGUGGCUGGCUUGUGGGCUUUACUCCUGGAUCCAGUUUUUCAGGCUGACAAGGUGUAUUCCCAGCAGGAAUGGAGCUGGUUCAACUGCCUCAUAGCCUCUGGCUUCUUCUUGCUUGAAAAUGUAGCCGUUCAUGUCUCCAACGCUGUCUUCAGAACAUUUGACUUCUUCUUAGUGGUUCACCAUUUUCUUGCUUUUGGUGGCUUUUUUGGUCUGGUAACCAACAUAAAGUCUGGACAUUACAUACCCUUGAUGGGAAUGCUACUUGAGAUGAGUACACCUUUCACUUGCAUAUCAUGGAUGCUUUUAAAGGUUGGCUGGGCGAAAACUUUAUUUUGGAAAGCAAACCAGUGGGUAAUGAUCCACAUGUUUCACUGCCGCAUGAUCCUUACUUACCACAUGUGGUGGGUGUGCAUUUCCAAUUGGAACGCUGUGCUGGAGAACCUGGGACUCUUACAUUUUGCAGUUGUAUUCAUAGGAAUGAGCGCUGUCACUCUUGUACUUAAUCCUUACUGGACAUACAAAAAGACUCAGCAGCUUGUCUGCCCAAUUGACUGGAAUUUUACCAAUAGAACAAUGAGAAAUGGCUCAUCCAAAAAACUAAAUGGAGAAACAUACCAGAAGAAAGCGUUGUGAUGCUGAAUUUGGGUCUCCCUGUGCAGCAAUAAAACAUGGUCGGAAGGAUGUAAUACAGGUAGACAUCUAGCAUCGUGAACCUGGCAUAUUACGAGAUCUAAAUCGCAUUUAUCACUUCUUUCUGGUUUUCUUAUCAGUAUUAAUUACGAAAAGGCGGUGUUUCUGUCUUAAUUUAAAUUAUCUAUGUUGCAGAUGAAUCUUGAAUUUUGGGCAUGUUGGGAUAUGUUUGGAGAAGUCUAGAUACUGGAAACAAGCAAAUGUAGUAGAGAAGUUGGCUGUUCUGGCUGGUUUCAGAGACCAACUUGCCAUUUUUAAGACUUACCACUUGAGGACAUUGGCUCAGGGAGAAAGCCAGGAAACCAUUAUUCCAAUUUUUGUCUCAAAAGCUGACAGUGACAGUAGACAUUCCUCAAUUUGGUUCAGACAAUCACUGCCUUGAGUGCCAUAUUUUGCAGAAAGGUGGGAUAUAAAUUGAAUAAGUUAACAUAAAUCUAUAGUUGUCCAUCUUCACAAGACUUGCCUUUCAGAUUUACAUGCCAUUUACAGUUUUCUAUGUUAGGUUAGUAACUUGAGCCUCAGCCUUACAAUGGAUACUAAACAUUAAUUCACUUUACUUUUUAAUAUGAGAAGAGAUAUGAAAUAAUAGUUUCUCCUAGAAAGUGAAAUAGAAUACACUAGUGCUGAAGUAUAUAAAAUACAAUCUCUAGCUAGAUGAGUGGCUGAAUAUUCAAAAUAUAGUAGUGCUUUGUUAUUUAAUUUAUUUCAUUAUUUACAAUAUUUCUAUACCAUUUAAUAUAUUAAAACCCCUAAGCAGUUUAAAACAGUAUAACAAUAAAACAGGGUGGUAGGAGCA